UAUAUGAAAUUUGUACUGAUAUUGGCUUGCCUGGUGCUCUAUGUGGCCCACAGUCAGGCCCAGGUGGACGAUUGUCCUGGGGCUGUUUAUCCCAGCCGACAAGCUUGCGUAGGCGGUAAAAAUGAGGGCAAUCACCGAACUCGCCAAUGCCGCAGAUAUUACAAUAAUAAUAUGUGGUAUUACGACAGCCGCAGCCGAUCCUGCAAGAAGAUGAUCUUCUUGGGCUGCGCUGGCAACGAUAAUCGCUAUUGCACUCGCGAAUCCUGCGAAAGGAAGUGUGUUCGUCGCACCUAA